GGCUGUGAGUCUGUGACGGCUCCCGCUGUAACACGGCGGGCUGCAACAAGCCAGCAGCGUUACGCGUGAGCGGCAGCGGGGAAUACACGAGGAUCGGCCAAAACAAGUGAUUCAAGUGAAAAUACAUCUGCGAAGGAAAGCGAGGUGGAUCGUUUGAGUCUUGUUUUUAUUAGGUUUUUAGCUUUCAGGACCGCGUUGUUUACCCAUCAUCUUAACACGUCCACAGCCCGGUCUCAAGAUAUGUGACGACCGUGUACCAUCAUGUGAAGAGCUGGAUAACUGUCACUGGCCGACCUGCCGCAAAACACGUCUACCAUCGUUCAGAGGGAGAUGAGAGAAGGGUGUUCUGUGCUGCUCUGCGGACCCACGCCACCCGCAGAAAUGUUUUAGGGACAGCGCCAGAGCCACCAUGAAAGGGUUAGGAGCCAACCGCAGCCGUCACCUGUCUGACUCCUGCGAGCCCAUGGGAGGGUCCCAGAAGCCCCUCUGCCCCAUGACCUCCGACCCCCACGGCUCCUUCAUGCUGACAUCUACCAUGAGCCACUACGGCACGCUGGACCCCCACUUCCACCAGUUCCCCGCCACCAGCCCCGCUCAGCUGCCCCCCGACUGCCUGCUGCCCUUCAACCAGAUGUCCAGCAGCAGCACCUUCCCCCGGCUGCACUUCACCUCCCAGCAGGCCGACCAGGCCGUCUGCCCCCAGGGCUGCAUCACCGGCGCCGGGGGCCACGGGGCCAGGCAGGGCAGCAGGGGCAGCACCCUCUCCGGCUCCCUCUCCAUGGGCAUGGGCCUGGGUCUGGACCUCAGCGGGGGCCCGAUGAUAACCAGCGGCUCGGCCACCAUCUCCUCGGCCACGGCGGCCAAGAUGAACCGCCUGCCCUCCAACCUGCUGGACCAGCUGGAGCGCCACCUGCCCCUGCAGCGCGACGGCUUCAGCACGCUGCAGUUCCACCGGGGACGCAUGUCCAAGCAGCGCAGCGAGAGCCCCGGGCGCAUCCGCCACCUCAUGCACUCGGUCCAGAAGCUCUUCGCCAAGUCCCAGUCGCUGGAGGGCUCCGUGAUGAAGGGCAGCCUGAACGGCCGCAUGGCGGGAGGGCCGGGCGGAGCCGGGGACGCCGGGGACGACGGUUGCCGGGUGACCCGCCGGAGCAAGAGUAAAGACCGGGGCAAGACGGAGGGGUCCAGGCAGAGGCCGAGGCCCAACACGAUAGCGCUGUGGAGCUCGGACGACGGCCUGGACAGCGACGCCGGGGGCCUCAAUGCGGUGGGGUACCGCAACCCUCUGAGCAUGAUGACACUGGGGCGGGCGGUGUCAGACAGCCAGGCCGCCCUCCGACACCCCAUCCCGCAGGGCUACAACACCAUCGCGGCAUCCCACACCCUGAGGACGUCCAAGAGCAGCGGGGACCUCAAGUUCCUGGCCUGCCAAGGGACCAUGCAGUUAGAGGGCCAGGCGGAGGAGGGCCGGGGGAGGGCCGGUAAGGGGGACACGCUGGUGAAGAGGGGGUCUUGGUCCACGCUGACCCUCACCCAGGCCAGGCAGGUCCUACAGAAGGGCUCGGCUUCGGUAAACAAGGCUCUACUGAAAUCGACUAAGUCGUGUCACCAGGACCUGGCACAGCAAUACCUUCAGGUUCCACUGGGGGACUGGUCCGGCUCUCUGUGCCCAGGCAAGGCUGGGGGGUCAGAGAUCCCCUGCAGGAGGAUGCGCAGCGGCAGCUACGUCAAGGCCAUGGGCGACGUGGAGGACAGCGAGGAGGACUCGGAGGGGAGUCCCAAACCCUCGCCCAAGUCGGCAGCCCGCCGCCAGAGCUACCUGAAGGCCACCCACCUGUCUCUGAGCGAACAGCCCGCUCCUCUUCUUCCUCACAAGCCUCGUUGCUACAACCUCAUGCGGGAGGACUUUCUCUGGUGUCCGCUACAAAGUGCAUGCUCUAUGCAGCAGCUGAGCUCGCUUCCAUAUCUAAAAGAGCAGUCUACGAACCGGAGCCUGGACAACCUGGACUGCCUGUUGGGUCCAGUGGAAGCUCCGCCCUGCAUCUGGAACAGUGACUUCAAACACAGCUUUGGGACCCUCGGCAGAGGCAUUGGUGCUCAGGUGUGCGGGCAGGUCUGCGGUCGCAUUGUUCCUCCGUACUAUGAAGGUGAAUCCCAGGCGGUGGACGCCUUGGAUCUUCCGGCCGCCACGUGCUUCCGCUCGCGUAGUCAUAGUUACCUGCGGGCCAUCCAGGCCGGCUGCUCCCAGGACGACGACACGGCCUCCAUGGACUCGGACUCUCCCCCGCCCACCUCGACGGGGUGUGCCUACAGUUCCCACCCCACUGCGGUCAGUAGGAAGGCUCCCCCGGUCCCCCCCCGGACCACCUGCAAGCCACUGAUCUCCAUCACGCUGCAGAGCAGCACCGAGUCGGCCCAGGACACCUACCUGGAGCAGCAGGAGCACGCCAGCGACGCCAACAGCCAGUCCGGACGCAGCAACUCCUCCGACAGCCUCUGUAGCAUCCGCACCGGCACUCUGGCUAAGGGCACCCUGCCCCCGGCCCCGGCCUCCGUCUGUACCCACACGCCCGUCGCCGCCUUCGUGGCCCCUCUCCCCGCCUCCGUCCCGGGCCUCGCUCUGUCCGCCUCGGUCACCCACCUCAUCCCCACCACCACCGCCCCUCCAGCCCCGGUGACCCCCAUCCCUGCCCCUCGAGACAUCCCUGUCACUACCGCGACCACCAACACCACCGCCCUCUCCGCUGUCUCCCCCCUCAGCACUACUGUCACCACCACCUCUGCCUCUACUCAGUCCCAGAAUGACACCGUGAGCUGCAGGCUCAUCUCAGAGAAGUUUGUCAUCAGCGAGCCCAAGAGGAAACUGUCUUCCAUCGGAAUACAGGUGGACUGUGUGGUGCCCGUCCCAAGAGAGAAAGCUCUAGCCCUGACCUCGCCGCUCAGAUUCCAGUCCAUCGGAGUCCAAGUGGAGAACGGCCGGCCUCUCAGCCGGGACAGCAGCAUGGCCUCCAGGCAGAACACAGAGUCAGAGCCCCAGGACUCCCUGGACGCCCCGUCAGCAGUCAACUGCACCAACAGUCAGACAGCCACCAACACCAAUGCCAACGGCCCCAGCGCCGACGACAGCGCCCCGAGGUCACUGAAACACACGCCCUCUGCAAAGGUCAGGAUACCCACGGAGCCCCUGGUGGACCCGGCGCUGGACCCCUCAUCCCUCCCGCCCCCGCACCCCAGCCUGGGCACGGAGAACGGCAGCGCGCAGCCCGGGGACGAGAGCACGGGCGACGCCCUGUCUGCCGCACCCGCCUGCCUCCGCGACGGGAACUGGUUCCUGAAGCUGCUGCAGGCGGAGACGGGCCGCAUGGAGGGCUGGUGUCAGCAGAUGGAGCUGGAGACCAAAGACAACCCGCUCUCAGAAGAGGUGCUUGGGACGGUGCGCAGUGCGGUGGGAAGCGCCCAGCUCCUCAUCGCCAGCAAGUUCAAGCAGUUCAGAGGGCUCUGUGUGGAGAACCUGGACGUGAACUCCAACCCGAGGCCCACAGCACAAGACCUGGCCGGGUUCUGGGAUCUGCUGCAGCUGACCGUGGAGGACAUAAGCCUGAAGUUUGACGAGCUCUACCAACUCAAAGCCAACAACUGGGAGUUUCCUGAAAAACCAGCGAUCAAGGAGGAGAAGAAGCCCCUCACAGCCUCCGUGCCAAAGAAACCCCUGAAGCCUAAGCUGGCGGCGGGGAAAGACCGCAGCGUGGACUCGGCCGUGGACAAGCAGCGGCAGGAGGCCAGGAAGCGGCUGUUGGCGGCAAAGCGCGCCGCAUCCACCCGACAGAACUCUGCCACGGAGAGCGCCGACAGCAUAGAGAUCUACGUCCCCGAAGCCCAGACCCGCCUCUGAGGGGUGGGGAGGAGCGUCUGAAGGGAGGGGAGGAGCUGAGAGGAGCAGCAACUCCUCCCCCUCCCCCCUGAUCCCGACCCUCCAACCCUACUCUCCUGGAGACACAUCAUCACUUAUGCACACAAGCUUCCCCAGACCCACCAGGCAUGACCAUGCAGAAGGACAGGGGCCUGCGUAGGUCUUCUCUCCAACAGAAGGCGGGCUGGGCAGCUUUCGGGGGACUUUCCAGGCCCCCAUCCCUUUCCCAGACCCCCCUCCCCCCAUAAUUAUUAGAGAACUGUCUUCCGGCUGCCGUCGGGACCGAAGAGACUUUUGACAGACGGAUGUUUAAAUCUAAUGUUAUUAUUGUUAUUAAUAUUGAGCGUAUAAUAAUAAUAAUUAUUCUAUCCCAAAAUUAUAUCAAGACUGUCUUACUUCUAUCUUGGAGAGCGACUCCAACCUCCCCUCCCGUCUUUUUAUCGUUUUGUUCUUCCUUUUUCCUUGUGAGCUGAACAAACCUCUUGGUUGUACCAGAAGUUUACGCUGACACUGACUCUACUCCCCCUCCCCCCUCCACCCUCCAACCUCCCCCCUUGGACCCGAGUCUUCAGUAGGCAAGUCCUGCCUGGUUUACGAGCCUAGCUACCGCCACCCAACCCCGCCCCCCCGCCCCCUCCCACACCACACACACACUCAGGACGCACACGCAGGUGUACUCGCUGUCUGCAUAAGUCUUCCUAUUCUCUCUUUGUAAUAGGCCUGGCUGCCACCCCAUCCAACGCGGUGUGUGUGUGUGUGUGUGUCGUGCGUAAGCUUCACCGUGUAAUAACUUACUUACUAGGUCUGUAUGAUACGACUUUACUCUUUAGCAGUAGACAAAGAACGACGACAACCACCACCAUCCACCAGGAACCAGAGGACGCCGGUAGCAUAUGUUGUUGUGAGGAUCACUCCCUGGUUGUUGCCAUGUUCAUUUUGUAAAUGUUCUACAGCAGAUUAUUUGUUUAGAAAGAGGUCCGUGUUGAGUACCCAGGUAGUUUUUUAUAGACAGAGUACAUGUGCUGUCAUAUUUUAGCUCUCGAUGCAAUCAUUCACUCCACUUUCUCACACACACACACACACGCACACAACACGCACACUACAAUGCUGCUUGUGUAUGUGCAAGUCAUUUCGUUCAGUCUUAUUUUUUUUUUCAUAUUUUCUCCUUUUCUUUUCUAACGGGAUAUGAGAAACGACUGAGGCGUCGGUGUUGUGCACUCCAGAGAAUGCAGUAAAUGGAUGCGUUUUAAUAUUCAUCUGAAUUUUGAUGCCACCUUUCCAUUCACUUUACUUUCUUUUGUACCCCUGAUCAUUCUACUUUGACACUGCAUCCCCAUGUGAUGUAGGGGACCAAAUCCAUCACCACUUUAGCAUUCCCUCUCCCACCACACUGCAGUAGUAUGCUUCUCGGCUGGGCAUCCACUUGCUCCUGGAAAGGAAAUCUAACUUAGUUUAGCAAUAAAAAUGUAAUGGAAAAUGUACAUUCAACGUAGCUAUGGAUAUGUGUAAUAUUACAUGCCCACUCUUAAUUAGUUUGAUAGGACCUCUUCAGUUAGGUUGCAUUAUUAUUUUAAAAACUUCCCUUUCUCUUCUUCUGGUACUGAGGUUUUUAAACAUUGAUAAAAUUCUCAGGGUAAGCACUUAUAUAAACGUCACAAACCAUUAAGGAAAAUACAAAUAUUGAUGUAUUAUUACCACUACUCUGAAGUUGUACAAACAAUAACUAGGCAUGAAGAACCAAUGGUUUUGGUUUACUGCAGUAACAUGUGAGCGCAUUGGGCUUUACUUGCCUUACUGCUCCAACUGAAGAAGAACAAUUUGGUCACUCAGUCUCCUUUCUAGCAGCAUAGCUUCCCUUCCCUGUCCAGACAUGCACUGUUGACAUGCACUGUUGACAUGGAACAACUAUGGUACUUUUGUUUUUUUUCAUUAUGUUUUUUUUUUCCAUGAAUUGUGUCCGACAGGCGUCUAUAUUUAAAUCUGAUGGUGCUGUAGAGGCUCGGCUUGUGUGCAUAUAGUGGCACAGAGCUUGAAGAGUAAUUUAUUCAGUUGUCGACAUUUCAAAGUCACCAAAAGGUUAUUUUCAAGUGAAGGUUUAUUCAAUUAUUGCUUUGUAUGAGGAAACUGUAGUACUGCUCCAUUUGAGCACCUUUUAUUUUUAUUUACACAUUUGACAAAAUUCACUGCAGUUCUCUAUACUAUUUCAACCACAAUACACGCACUGCAAUGUAAAGGUAUAUUUCACAUUGGAAACACCUUGUUUCAAAUGUGUUUUCGCAGAUUUGUCUCAUGGUUAUGUCAGUCGUGGGGAUAUAUCUAAACAUUUUCUUACAAUAACAAAUAAUUUCAUCUCAAACUUCUCCCACGAAUGCUAGUUUGCAAACACAAAAACUGCACUCCCAUUUUUUUAGAUUUUACAUUUCAAUUGAUUUCGGAUAUGGAAAUGCUGGGAUCAUGACGCCAGAUAUUUAUUUUAUUCAGUUGUAUUUGUAUUCCAUCAGCAAUGGACAUGUACGUCUCAUUGUCCAAACAUCAUUAAACAUCCCUUUUGCUACA